UUCCAGAUGACAGCUCGUUCUGAGCUAGCUUUCAUGCCUGAGCAUCAGCAUACUGUUGGAGCCACAGACAGUGUAGAGUUAUUUGAUAACUUGGUGGGUUAUUUGUGCCAUAAUAGUCUCAUUUGAAACAUAUAUUGACCAGAAUGUCUGCUCCAAAGAAGGGAGACUUGUCACCAAGUGAAAAGGAGUUGUUUGAGGUUAUUACUGCAGGAAACGUUCAAGAGGCCUCAAGGUUGCUGGGCUGUAAGGAUGUUCGAGUCAACUGUUUGGAUGAGUAUGGGAUGACUCCUCUCAUGCACGCCGCUUACAAGGGAAAAGCAGACAUGUGCAAGUUGUUGCUUCAACACGGUGCAGAUGUGAAUUGUAAUAAGCAUGAGCACGGAUACACAGCACUGAUGUUUGCUGGCCUGUCAGGAAAGACUGAUAUCACAUGGAUGAUGCUGGACGCAGGGGCAGAAACAGACGUAGUUAACUCUGUCGGAAGGACUGCUGCACAGAUGGCAGCUUUUGUUGGGCAACAUGAUUGUGUCACAGUGAUCAACAACUUCUUCUCUCGUGCCAGACUGGAUUACUACACUAAGCCUCAGGGUUUGGAGAAAGAACCUAAGCUACCAACCAAACUUGCUGGACCUUUGCAUAAGGUCAUCAUGAGCACCAACCUGAACCCUGUCAAGAUGGUGAUGCUGGUGAAGGAGAAUCCUUUACUGGCGGAGGUGGACGCUCUGGACAGAUGUCGCCGUGUGAUGGAGCUCAUCUGCGAGAAGUGCAUCAAGCAGCAGGACAUGAAUGAGGUGUUGGCCAUGAAGAUGCACUACAUCAGCUGUGUGCUGGGAAAAUGUGCCUCCUUCCUCAAAGACCGUGAGGACAAGCUGGAUGGUCUCCUUAAGAGCUUGCUGAAGGGUCGGGACACCGAUGGUUUCCCUGUGUAUCAAGAGAAGUUUAUCAGAGAAUGCAUUCGCAAGUUCCCAUAUUGUGAUGCUACUCUGCUGCAGCAGUUGGUGCGGAGUAUCGCUCCUGUAGAGAUUGGUAACGACCCCACAGCUCUGUCAGUGCUGACUCAGGCCAUCACCGGUCAGGUCGGCUUCAUGGACGCAGAGUUCUGCACGACCUGUGGAGAGAAGGGAGCCGAGAAGAGAUGCUCCAUCUGUAAAAUGGUAAUCUACUGUGACCAAACUUGCCAAAAGAUGCACUGGUUCACCCACAAGAAAGUUUGUAAGAAGCUCCAAGAGCAGAGAGAGAAACAAGAAGCAGAAGCAGCCAAACUGAGGAUGCAACAGAACAAAGAGGAGAGUAAAGCUGUGCAGGAUGCCACAGACUCUAUGCAGGAGCUUUCAGUAGAGACUAGCAGUGAGGUCACCACUUCAAACUCUGCAGCAGAAACAGAUACAUCAGACCCUGCAAGCACCCCAGCUGCUGACAACUGAAGAACAUCUGACAGUUAAAGCCAAUGACCAUCUUCUCUAGGAUCUAUCCACACAACACAGAUAGAGAGCAAACUGGCCAUAAGACUAAACGCCAGAUAAGGACUCGAAGAAGGACUCAUAUUUAUUAACAACCUGAGACUCUCACCAUAACAGCAAGACACAUCCGAGGAAUGCCACAGUCUUUGUGUCCUUUUUCCAAGUUAACUUUUCAGAUGGAAUUGUCAUAAUAUGUGAAUGUGAACACUGCGUAGGCUAAAGUGUUUUUGGUAGACGUCACUGGGAGGGAUUAGUAAUGGCUCACAUCCACUAUGGGAAGCAAUUCUGCCUUAAACUGUAGCAAACUGUGUGCGAAUGAAGUAGCCAAUCAGAGUUGUUGUUUGUUUGCAGUUAUUUGAUUUAUUUCUGGGACGUCUUUUGUACUGAAAACAUUAUGGGAGCUGUGAGCGAAUGGCAUGGCUGCACAAUGUUGACCAAAAAUGUAUAUUUUUAAAUAUAAGUGACAUCAGUUUAUUUUUCGUGAAUGAUGAGGUGUGACUUUAAUUCUCAGGAUUUUCCAAAUUCUGACUAAAUGAAAACAUUUCCUCCAGCAUCCACUGUUGAACAAGGACAUCAUGUCAGGAAGGCAAGUAUCAGUUUGUCUUGAAAGAUCUCACUACUGUGGUUUUGAUGUUCUUUAAUUUGUUGUGCACCAUGAAUUAUUAGAGAAGCUGAAGUCAAAAUAUCAAGUUCAAUAAGACUGUGAUUGUUCUGAGAGCUGGUGACUUCCAAUAUGUCUGACAGCUUGAUCUUAAAUACAUUAAACAGAGACCAACUUCACUGAAAUAUGCUGUAGAUUUUCAUUUUUAAGUGUAUUUAUUUAUGUUUAUACACUCACUCCUGAAAGCAUCAGAGUGUGUUUAGUGCACACACUUGUACAGUCAGUGGAUAGCCUGUAAAUCCUGUGAAACGCACUUACCCCUGAUCACAAACUGCGCAUUACUUUUGUGUUUCAAGCUGUGCUCGGUGUGCUCCUGUUGAUUUGUUUCGAGUCUUCCUGGGCUUGACAAGCUUAUUCAGCAGAGCUUCCCUUUUUUGUUCAAAAUACCAAUUAACACUUUAAACUCUUACUUAUAAACAU